AUGAAAUUAAUAUUAUCAUUAAUAUUUGUAAUAGUUUCAUUAAUAAAUUCUUCACAUUGCUUUAAUGAGAGCAAAUGUUUUUCAUUAGGCCAUCCAUGUGUACAAUCUUAUGGCAUUGAUAUUUCAUGUGGUUAUGGUUUAGCAUGUUUACCAAUUGAUGAUGAUAAUGAACAAUCAGAGUAUGUUUGUAAACCAAAAUUAAAACUUGGGGAAAAGUGUAAAGAGAAAUACUUGGGUCCAUGUGAAAUUGGUCUUGAAUGUCUUCCAUUGGAUUUUGAAGUAGGUUCUCCAUAUACUUGUAAGGCUGCAAAUUAUGCUGGACUUGGUGAAGAUUGUGAUUCGGAUUUUGAUUGUUUUGGAAUGGGUCAAUUUAAUCUUAAGUGUAUAAAUUCAAAAUGCACAUUUUGGUUUAAUGAAACUUUACAAUAUGAUAAAAUUAAUUGUUUAGGUUAUUUCACAUGUCCAGGAACACAAGCAUGUAAUCUUAACAAUUGUGAAGACGAUAUUACUAAUUGUAGUUCAUCAUGUACACAAUUAUCAUCAUUAGGAGGAAAUUGUUCAUAUGAUUCCGAUUGCUUUAUUGGUGGUGUUUGUUCAAAAGAUGGAAUUUGUCUUUCAAGAUAUUCAAAAAAAAUAAAUGAUUCUUGUAGUACUAAUAAUGAAUGUGAUUUAGGAUUAGGUUGUCAAACAUUUAAUGAAUUUUUUAAUGAAGAUGAAAGUUAUCAAGAGUUUAAAAAAUGUAUUGAAAUUGAAAUUCCAAACACAACAAAUUGUACAGAAGAUGGAUGUGGUGAUUAUGGAAUUUGUAAUGGUGUAACAAAUACUUGUCAUCCAAAAAAGAAAAACACUAAUGAAUGUAAAUAUGCUGAAAGAGUUAGAGAUAUUUGUAUCAUUUCAAAUAAAUGUAGUUUUUCAAAUGAAUUUUAUGAUUACCCUUACUUUGGUGAAAAUUCAUGUUCAAUGAAAAAAUGUGGAGAAGAGACAGUUAAUGUUUUAAAACAAUGUCAAACAAUUUACACAAAUUUACACAAAUCACUUUUUUUUAUUUAA